CUGGAUGUUUCCUUUAUGACGAGGUCAACAUUAUGGCGCCGUCCAUGAUGUACAGUGUCUGGUUGAUGUGUAUGUUACAUGUAAACGUUUUACACGUUUUCUAGGUCACUUUAAAUGUUGUGAAUAGGAGCGUGAUACCAAAUGAUCGUUUAGCCUCUAUUGUGCUCGUCGGUUGAUAUUUUAAGGACCUUUUAACUGAAGUCAUGUCUGGGUCAAAUGUUUGGAGUCGAAGUCGAGAAAAAUUAAGACUUUUCCCUGAACUUCUUGCUCAGUGUUCAGCAGAGGCAGCAGUGUACGGGAAGUGUGUGACCGCUACUACAACAGGCAGACAGGAACUGAAGAAAGACCUUUGUGCCAAGGAGUUUGACGCCCUGAAGACCUGUUUUAUAAAUGCAGCCAAGAAAAAACACUAAGUGAAUGGAAGCUGUUCUGGAUUUGUUGGAGCUGCAAAAUGGACUCAAGUGUUGCAUUGUGUAUGUGGAGUUUGGAUUUAAGUGUGCCAUUUUGUGACUUAUUGUGAAAGUAAUUUAAAUGUAUUACUGUACAAAGUUGAAUUAAACAUUUCAUUCAAUGUUCUCAUCUAUAGAGAGAAAACAGACCAACCACAA